UGCGGCGUCACCUGCAACAACACGUCGAGCAGCCCCUGCAGCUUCUCCAGCGCGGCGAGGUCCUCCGCGACGUUGAAAGGGGAGAGGCGGCGGCUCUGCUCGCCCCGCCGUCUCCCAGUGGAUCCGAACGACGCGCUGCGCGUGGGGUUUGUUCGGGAAGCGGUUGCGGAUUUCUGGUCCAGGAAGGCGAAAUAGGAGCGGACGAAGGCGUUCUGGGCCCACGUCUUCUCGGGGCAGGAAUGGCGGUCGGAGAAACCGGAGAGGUCGAACGGCAGCCGCCCGAUCCCGUCGGGGGCGGCGUCAGAGCUGAGAACGCGGUGCAGGAGCAUGAGGGCCUUGAGGGCGACGACCCAGCUCCGGGUCUUCUCCAAACGGGCCGCAAUGGCCCACAGGACGGGGCGGAAAUUGGCGCCGGGAGAGAGGCGGAUCCAGUGGCACACCUUAUCGACGCAGCGUUGGUCGACGGGGAAUUCGUCGUGGGUGGUGGCUCUGAUGACGGCGGCCUCGAUUUCAGGGCGGCGGAGGGCGGUUCUGGUGGCAAAGCUGGCCAACAAUAGGCUGUUCUGGUCUUUAAGGGCG